AUGGCCAUUUGCAACGGCCAUUUUGUAACGGCCACAAAGCCGUUACGAAUCUUAGUUACGAAUCCAGGAAUUUGGUGUAGUGGGGGUUUUGGUAAAAAAUCUGCUAAUAAGAAACUUAUUCUACUGUGUAAGAAUGUCAACCCUAAUAUUAUCUUCCUCUAUGAGACCAAAAUGAACAAAUACAUGGCAGCUAGGAAACUCAGAAAUAUGAGAUUUCCUUGUACCUUUAAUGUUCUAAGUAUUGGGAGAAAUGGUGGUCUUGCUCUUUCUUGGAUGAAAGAAGUACAAGUCAACAUUAUAUCAUCCAGUCUGAGGGGCAUCUAUGUUACUACUACUGAUAUAAUCCACUCUAAGACCUGCCAUAUUCAUUUCAUGUAUGGUGAACCUAAUAGUAGUCUAAGACAAGCCUUUUGGGAACAACAAUGUCAACAGAUCAACGUCCCUUUAGAUGAACCUGUUUUCUUUAUAGGAGAUUUUAAUGCCCUCAUAAGAACUGAAGAUAAAAAUGGUGGCCUAGAAGUAGAUGACCCUGAUUUUGAAAAUCUUAGAAAUUUUUGUUCUGUCUUUAAUCUGCAUGAUGCUGGUUUUUCUGGACCAAGGUGUACCUGGUCUAAUAUGCAACAAGGUUUUAACUAUGAGGAUACUUGUAUGCCUAGACCUUUCCAUUUUAUGGCCAUGUGGAUAGAGGAUCCUACUUGUAGAGAUAUUAUAGAUAAUUCUUGGUCUGUUAAUGUGGUAGGCUCCCCUGCCUACAAACUUAAAGUUACGCUCUUAAGUACCAAGAAAGGCCUAAGAGAUUGGAAUAAAUCUUCUUUUGGUAAUAUUCAAACUAAUAUAUCCACUAUUAGAAAAGAAUUAGUUGACCUCCAAAUUUUCAAUCCAACUGAUACUAGUAAUACUUCUAUACUUAAAGCCAGGUUGGAAUAUCUGUACAACCUGGAGGAGUUAUAUUGGAAGGAAAAAUAUAGAGAAGUCUGGCUCUUGGAAGGUCUUUUUUAUCAAAAACAUUGGGACAUUGUGGGAGAAGCUGUUGUUGAUAUGACUCAAACCUUCUUUAGAACUGGUAACAUUGCUAAGGUUUUUAAUCAUACCAAUAUAGCACUUAUCUCCAAAGUCCCUCUUGCUGAAUUGGUUACUCAGUAUAGGCCAAUAGGUCUCUGUAAUUUCAUCUACAAAAUUCUUUCUAAAAUUCUGGAUAAUAGGCUGAAACCCUUUAUUAACAAUAUCAUUUCUCAAAACCAAAGUGCUUUUAUCCCCAAGAGAAGUAUUUCUGAUAACAUUUUGCUAGCUAAUGAGGCCAUUUAUGCUGUCAAUCAUAAUGAUAAGGUUGAGGGGAUAACUGCCAUCAAACUUGAUAUGUCUAAGGCCCAUGACAACCUUGAAUGGAAAUUUUCUUGA